AUGUCGAAUGUGACACAAAACUCCGGGAAACCAGUGCACACCAUAGUGCUGGAUGCCGGUCCCAUCAUCAAAAAUACCCCGCCACUUUCGACCUUGUUGGCCCAAUGCGACGAGAUUAUCACCACUCCUGCUGUCGUGAAGGAGAUUCGCGACCCCGAUGCUCGUGCUCGUGUGGAAACUCUCUACCUGCCAUUCUUGAAGCAACGCACCCCCUCCCCGAAGAGCUUCAAUGUGAUUAGCGAAUUCGCUCGCAAGACCGGUGACCGGUCUGUGCUGAGUCGGGUGGAUAUCGAGGUGCUCGCGCUGGCAUAUGAAAUUGAAUGCGAGCGCAACGGUGGUGACUGGCGUCUGCGAAGUGUUCCAGGCCAGAAGCGAGUGAACGGCAGGCCACCAGUCAAGGAGGAAGUCAAGGAGGAAGACAAGGAGGAAGACAAGAAGGAAGACAAGAAGGAAGACAAGAAGGAAGAGGAGAAUAACGAAGAGGGCAAAGAGGGAGAGUCAGAGAACUUCGGGACAGACACGGCGAAUGGGGAGACCGAGACUGCGGUGACAGAACAGAACGAAGAGACUCAGCAAGAUGGGACGCCGUUACACAACCCAGAGACUCCCGUUGAUGAAGUCGCAGCCGAUCGCCCCGUCGCUGCCCAGGUUCAUUUCGAAGUAGGUGAAGAGGCCGCGGAAGAGGUCGAUGCGGAUGAGGAGGAGGAGGAGGACGACGCCGCUGAUUCCGACGGCGGCGAAUGGAUCACUCCUAGCAACUACAAAAAGCGGCUGGCCCGCGAUGAAAGUGGUUCGUCAGGCAAUGGCAAUGAACCGAAGACAAUGCAGGUCGCUACCAUGACCACCGAUUUCGCGUGUCAAAAUGUGCUACUGCAAAUGAACCUGAAUCUCCUUUCGACUACCACAUUGCAAAGAGUCCAGCACUUGAAAUCAUUCGUCAAGCGGUGCCACGGCUGCUUCUUGACGACCAAGGAAAUGAACAAGCAGUUCUGCCCUCGCUGCGGCAAGGAUACCCUGACCCGUGUCUCAUGCACUACCACUGCCAAUGGCCAAUUUACCAUGCACUUGAAGAAGAACAUGCAAUGGAACAAUCGCGGAAAUCGUUUCAGUGUUCCCAAGCCUAUCGCUGGCAGUGCCAAUGGCAAGUGGAAAGGUGGUGGUGGAAAGGGUGGUUGGGGGACCGAAUUGAUUCUUGCAGAGGACCAAAAGGAAUAUGUUCGAUCUACAGUCGAGGAAGAGCGGCGCCAGCGCCGUGAACGCGACCUGAUGGAUGAGGAUUAUCUCCCCGGUAUUCUGACCGGUGAGCGUAACAAGUCUGGUGGGCGAAUUCGGGUUGGCGCUGGCCGAAAUGUCAACUCAAGAAAGCGCUGA